AGACGCAGUUUUGUUGGAAUCUCUCCGUAUACCGAUCUGCUUACCUUGAUGCGACCCAAUCUUCUUCAGUCUCUCUUUCCCUCUCUCGUGUCAAUCUGUGUUCGCAUUUUCUAGCUUUCUCGUCCUCAAAUAUCCUCCAAAACUUUAGUUGUCGUUUUCUCUUGGCUUACUUAUCUACUUUUGGUCUAUCUCAGUGAAUGGGCCAAUUUGCGUCUCAUUUGGCCGUCUUAAUCAGUUGGGUGUUCAGAAUUGUUAUGAUCAAAAGUUGAAGGGGAUAGUGGGUUUGGAGUUGACAGUUCUUGCAGAACAAAUAACAGGGGUUAAAUUAAUUUCUGCUCGGUAAAGAAUUCUUGAUUACCAGUUUCUCCAUCAUGGAGACAGUCACUUCAUCUGCUUCUAUCCACCUCCCUCCAGAACCAGCCAGUUAUGAUGAGGAUUAUAUGCAGCAGAGUUUGCUCUUCUCUGAUAGUCUUAAGGAUUUGAAGAAUCUGAGAAAGCAACUGUACUCGGCAGCUGAGUAUUUUGAGUUGUCUUACACCAAUGAUAACCAGAAACAAAUAGUGGUGGAUACAUUGAAAGAUUAUGCUGUCAAAGCUGUUGUAAGUACUGUGGACCAUUUGGGUUCUGUGACAUUUAAGGUUAACGAUCUCGUUGAUGAAAAGGUUCAUGAAGUUUCUGGAACAGAGCUUCGGGUAUCUUGCAUUGAUCAGAGGUUGCGGACAUGCCAGGAGCACAUUGACCGAGAGGGCCUUUCUCAGCAAUCAUUGUUGAUAGAUACUCCGAAGUACCAUAAGAGAUACAUCUUGCCAGUUGGCGAGACCAUGCACUGUUCCAUUCGUACUGAACCAAGCUACCAGGGUUGUCGCUUCAGUGAUGAAGAUGAAUCACAUCAAUUUAAAAAUGCUGUUCGAGCUACAAUUAGAGAAACUGCAUCUCCAUUGGGAAAAGGGCACUCCCGGUCACCUUCUCCAUGUCUUCCCAAACAACCUGGAAACUUAUCAUCCAAUGGCACCACCACCACAAAAGUACUAGACGAGCGAACAGUAACAGGUGAUGCUUAUGAAUCAGACAGGCGAACAGUUUCACCACAUCGGUUUCCUCUUGUACGUUCUGGAUCUCUCUUGAGUAGGCCAACUACCCCAAAAAGUUCGCGCCCCACCACCCCAAAUCCGAGUCGGCCAAACACUCUUAACCCUUUUCUUGGAAGGCAACAGCAUCCUUCAAGCGCUCAAAAAUCAGCUUCAAUGCGGUUCCAUGCUGAAAGAGGAGAACUGAAAGAGAGAGACAAAUACACCAGCAGAAGUAAACGGAUCCUUAAAGCCUUGCUCAGCCGACGCAAGUCGAAGGAAGAUGACGUGUUAUACGCCUACUUAGAUGAAUAUUAAUCACAGGAUAACAGAGGAAAAGAGAUGAGAAGUCGUCGUGGGCGUGGGAGGAAUCUACCAUGCACUUGUUUUUUUGAAGUUUUGCCUUAAGACACCCAUUUGGUUAUGGCAUUGUACACGAUGUCUUUUCAUUUCUUGCUCAUUUUUGUAAGCAUCAUCUACCAUAUACUCUUUUUUGAUGUAAUGCACAUUAUCAUAGUCAUACUUGUAUAAAAUUGAUUGCAUUUUCUGCUGGA